AUGUUCAGGCUGCCCCUGCGGACAGUCCAGGCCUCCCUCAUAUCCAAGGAGAUCCCAAAGGAAGAUGAUGUUUGCAAAAUGCUGAAGGAAUUUGAAAGGGAAAUGUCACAGUGCUUGUUGUUCUUGAGAAAUGUGAGGAAAGUGUCCAUCAAGAAGGUGCAGAGUGACGGGCAGUGUGAGGAGGAGUACUACGUGCAGGCCACGGUCACCAAGAGCAGUGACUUGCCGGUGCUGACUGUAAAGCACAUGGAUGCUGGGGAAGCAAGGGACCCCUGUGCCUUGGACAUGGUGAGGACCUCCUGCAUCAUGAACAUACAGGACAGCAGGGGAAGCAGCAGCCAGUGGUUUGUUGUGCAGCAGCUGGGGGUGAAGGAAAAGAACAGUCUGCCAGAGAUAGUGAGGGAAGCCUUCAGUCUCAAGACACUGAAUAUGCUGCCUCAUGGUGGGGUAGCCAUUUUGCUGGCCUCAAACCUCACAUCCAAUGGUACUUGCCUAAGUGAUGUGUAUUCAACAUCCUGCUACCUGCCCCUGCCUGCCAGGUCGGGGCUGCCGUUCAGCAUCAACGGACACUUCACGCUGAACUCUUCGCGCCGAGACUUGUGGACAGGGAGUGGGGAUGCCAAGGGGCUAUGGAACGAGUGGCUGCUGAAGGAACUGCUGGUGCCAGUUGCUGUUCAUGCCAUCGAGUCGUUCAGGACCAGGCUGUUCCCCUGUGACGGUGACAGCCACAUGACGGAGUGUGACUACACCCGCAGGAUGCGGCACUUCCACAGUGUGCUGCCCCUGGCCCAGGAGGUGCAGAGCAAAUGGUGGCAAAAAUUUGUGAAGUGGUUUUAUGAGUGGGUGAGACAGGAAGAACUUCACUUCUUUGACUCUUUCAUCCCAGAAACUGACCCACCACCGCCGCCACCAUACAUGAGGAGGGGGGAGCCUGUGCAGGGGAGCAGGAAGGGGCGUCUGGUGUGGCAUGCCUUCCAUGCAUCUGGAGACCAUUUCCCUGUGUAUUUCACCUCUGCAGUGAAGGAAGAUGUGCACUCUCAGCAAAAAAUUGCUGACAUCUUGAGAAGACUGGGCAUGAAGGUGAGCAGCAAUGGGAUGCUCUCAAGACUGGUGACAGCUGACUGCAAGUUCCAGUGCCCUCUCCUCACCCCAGAUGUGGCCCUGGCAUUUGUCAAGUCCUGGGACCAAGAUGUCAGGGACUGCUGCAGGCCACAGGUCGGCAACCAGGUGUCUGGCACACCUUUCCUGAAGGAUGCCAAUGUUCUUAGUGUCUUAAAGUACGUCAUGAGAGGUGGGGACUUCUCUGUAGCCUGCGUGGACAAGCUGCCGUUGCUGGUGACCAAUGACGGCAUGCUGGGGUGCUUCAGCAUCCAGGAGCCAGUGUUCUUGUCAUCUUUCUGUGACCUCUUGCCUAAUUUUGGGAAGGAAUUUACAUUGUGUAGUCAUGUGAGUGUGAUCAAAGGAAGGAGAGAUGAGUUUAAGCUUGUGGUGAAGACCUUCACUCCAGCAGACCUUGGAGAGCGCCUGCCACACAUGCUGGACGCCACACAGUGUGCAGCUGACGCCAGGCUUCCUCUUUCUGACCGGCAAUGGCUGCUGGAGCUCUGGAAGUUUGUUGUUCAGUAUAUUGAGGAAGCCUACUGCCAAGAGAGACAGAUGAACUGGGCACAGGCCAAACAAUACAUACUAAGAACUCUAGGGAAGUGGGCAUUUUAUCCAAUAACUGAAAGAGGUCAGGUGUUUGUUAUCCCCAUUGAACAGGCCUGGCAGGUGCUUGAUGUGUCUGGUCACAUCACACACUUUGCCUUUCGCAAUCUGCCAGUUCCAGUUCCAUAUUCUGUCGGCAGCAAAGAUCACAUGGAUGGCCAUGUAGUGGGUAUGGUUAGAAGCUAUCUAGUCUUUGCUCAAGAUAAAAAACCAUACAUACCCACUCAGUUGCAGCUUGCAGCAACACUGAAAGAUCCUGCAGCUGUUUUGCAGCUCCUUCACUUUCACCGAAGAUCUGUCAAUUUGUUCUUCCAGGAAUGUAGUCAAAGAGAACAAGGCAGAGAUGUGAUUAAUGAAAUACUCGAGUACUUAGGCAAGCACUGCAAGGAGUGUUCACUGUCAGGCGACAAGAUCCGGGCACUGCAAGUAUUUCCAGACCUUUCAGGACAGCUUUGCACUCUACAGGACAGGAAACUCAUUGUUCUUGCAAGAUCUUUUCUCGAAUUGAACAAAUUAGAAGGUGUCUGUUCUGAGCUGGGUCUGCUAGUGGUCCCCAAGCCAGACUCAGACAGCAUGACAAACCUGUACAAAUACCUUGAACCCAACUGCCUGCUGGGGGAACUAGAUCUGUACACAACGGUCAUCUUGCCCAGCAUGAACCUGCUGAAUGAGAGAGAUAGGAUGUUUUAUCUUCAACACCUGGAAAAAAACUUGCCUCGUAGCUUACAAAAGUGGAAUGCAGACCAGCACAAAGUGAUUGCUACUCUGAGAUUGUGUCCCUUCAUUGAACUUGAUGGGACGCUGAAAACUGCCGAUCAGUUCUAUGAUCCCUCAAACAAGGUGUUCUGUGUGAUGGGGUUGGCAAACUUGCCCGAGGCGUGGAGGGAGUCAGAGUGGCACCGAUUGUUGACGCUGGCGGGGCUGGUGCACAGCGUCUCCCCAGACAUGUUUGUGGAAUAUGCAUCCUCACUGUCUCUGGGAGAUGCAAGUGUCAAGGAGAAGUCAAAAGUCUUGUGUGAAUAUCUGAAUAUUCACCUUGAAGACUUGCAACCAAAAAUCUUGGAAAUUCUUGACAUAGAGUUUCUGGUUCCCAAGAAGUGUGACCAGUUGGAGGCACUGCUGCCACACCACCAGACACACUCAGGCCUGCUGGCAUUCUCAGAAGGUAUCAACCCAAAGUAUGCCAAUAUCAUCUGGUCAACUAGGAGUUUGCUUCCGCCAUAUGCAACAGGAGUUGCAAGAAAACUCCAGAGUCAUUGUGCCAACCAGAUGAAUGUGGAAAGCCCUCCUGCAGCAGACAUUGUUGAACACAUACUGAAGUUCUGCUCCUCCAUGCAGGCAACUCCAGAGAAAUCACCUAAUGUAGGAAGUGUGAUGGAAAAUAUAUAUGAACAUUUGUCACAGUGUGGAGGGAAUGAAAUGCAGUCCUUGAAGGAGAGGGACGUCCCCAUCAUCCACAUCCCCAACCACAGCGCCUUCGUCUCCAUCAGCCGUGUGGUGGGCAACCUGGAGGAGGAGAUCUUGCCAUACCUGUACAAAGCACCGGUGGUUUACGGAAAGUUCUUUGGCGUGUUUGAAGGAUUGGGAAUGCCAGCCGAUGCCACGCCCAACACCUACGCCCACGUCCUGGAGAUGAUCCACGAAUGCAGUGGGCAGCAGAGUCUCCACCCGGAGGAGACUGCACAGAUGAAGAUGGCCCUCAAGGGACUGGUGAAAGACAGGUACAAACUGAAGAACCUGACUGUCCUUGAGCUUUACUUACCAGCCCGUGAUGAGACUCUGAAGAGUUCCUCUCAGAUGUUUGUGGCAGAUAAUGCUAAGUUACUGGUGGCUGUUCAGAGGGCAUUCCAUAAACCUGUCUUCAUGGGUUUUAAACCCCUUGAAAUUGAUUUUGAUGACUGCUGUCUUGUGAAGCUUUUACCCGAGAGACUGCAGCCAAAGUUCCUGUCCGAAGCUUGCAAGGAAACCCUGGACCAGGAAGGAAUGCUGGAGGAGGCUACACCGUUACUUGGGGAAAUACACGAGCUGCUUCAGUCGCAGGAAUUCAAGACUGGGGUCCUGAGACUCCUUCACCACUACAAGCUGCAAGGUGGCAGUGGCCUCGUAAAAAAAGAGAAGGAUGAGGUGGUUGCACUUCUGGCGAGGGUGACAGUGAGGCAGGUGAGCACCAUCAGAACCACCCUCACUCUGCACGACACAGUUGUUGGCCAGCAGGAGAAGAAUCACUUUGUAGCGGUCAAUGGUGAGGGGGACCAGAGGACUUGGACUCUUUACCUCUCCAAGAAGAUCCCACCAAGAAUGAUACCUAAUUCUCUUUGUGAAGUAUACGCACAGGUACUGCAGAAGUGGGAUUCUUGCAGCAUGAGGGAAUUUUCAGACAUAUUUGCCUGCUAUGGGAAGCCCCACUACAUCCACAGUACUCUGGAAGAGAGAGGAAUAAAGGAGUACAGCCACUGACGUCCCUGAGCGGAGCCUCUUCAUGUGUGAUGUGGGCACCUACCUGGAGGAGCGGUUCCUGCCUCUGCUUGACAACAGCUUCUCAGAGUUCUACAAGAACGAGAUAGUCUGCAUGAAGAAGUACUUGUGUGAGAACAAAGGAGCAGAUGUGGAUGAUGAGGAUGCAGAGGAGGACAUCUUUGUGAUUGUGGAGGUGGUCAAACUGGAGGAGAAGCACCCCAACUGCCACAUGCAGAACACCUACCAGGUCAUCACCAGCAGGUCACCACCAUGCCUGGUCACCGUCAGGGCCCACCAGCUGUACCGCUUUGUCAGGAAGGAUGACGAUGCUUCUCAGUCCAAAUUCGAGAGUCGGGAAGACAUUUUCAGGAAGUUGAGAGAGGAGCUGAGGAGGAUCUGGCAGGUGGAGGACGCAGCAGGAGAGGCGGCAACCUGUUGCGGCGCCUGAAGUUCAAGUGGCACCCUGACAAGAACCCUGAGCAGGUGGAGCUGUGCACACAGGUGAUGCAAAGUACAUGAUGUCCCUGGUGGGGCGGCUGGAGAACGGGGAGGCCAUCCCGGAGGAGGAGGACCCCACCAACCCACCCCAGGCCACGCCCAGCAGGGCGUAUUCCCAAUGCUUCCGCCCCCCCACGCCGCUGCUACAGGAACAGGAACAGAGCGGCACCCAGGCAGCCCAGGCCAGACCUCCCAGAGGCCCGCAGGUGGCUCAGGCAGGCCCGCAGCGACCUGGAGGCUGCUGAGGCAGUGAAGGAACAGGUGCCAUGGUGGACUGUGUUCCAUGUGCUACCAGGCUGCCGAGAAGGUCCUGCUGGCCGCCCUCUUCGUGCAGGAUAGAGAGUUGGCAUCGGAGAAAGAAGGGGAGGGGCCGCUGGUGAGAACCCUCAGUGGCCUUGCAUUGCUGCUGAACAGUCCUCACGCCGUGCAGCUGGCCAACACCAUUGAACAGAGGGCUGGGGGUUUCCUGGAGCCUCUGUACCCAACGUUUGGAGGCUGCCCCCAGGACCGCUACACCCUGUGGGACACAAACCAGGUGCUGCCCUCCUUGCCGGGAACUGUUGCAGGUGCUGAGUGCGAGGAUUGGGUGAGAUGGGUGUAGGGUCUCUCUCUCUCUCUCUCUCUCUCUCUCUCUCUCUCUCUCUCUCUCUCUCCUCUCUCUCUCUCUC